GCACGUGGGUGUCGACUCGUAUUUACUUUCAGCCGGCCUGAUCUACGCUUGUUACAUUUGACUUCGGUGCUAGUAUACUGUCAAAUCAACGUUAAACUUUUUAGUCUAAUCCUCCAGUAUUUUGUUUAUACCACGUUAACAAUCAACUCAUACAUUAUUCACAAUGGCCGCCCCCAAGAAACGCCUGUCUCAGCUGGCCGGUGACGGUAGCAACGAUGAAAAGUCGGCUACUUUUGUGUUUCAAGACGAGGGUCACACUCUUGGAAAUGCCCUCAGAUCCAUAAUGGUUCAGUACCCUGAAGUGGAAUUCUGUGCGUAUUCCGUGCCGCAUCCAUCUGAAUCACAAAUGCACAUGAGAAUCCAAGUGAAAUCUGGCAGAGCUGUUGAUAUCUUGCGUAAAGGGCUUGAGGAUUUAUACAGAACUUGUGAACACGUUUCUAAAACUUUUGAUGAUGCAAUGGGAGCAUUUCGUGGUAAAGUCAAAAUGGAAACCAAUUAAUUCACAAUACUUAUUCUCAUCAAUGAUGUAAAGUUUUUAUAUCUUGACAUGUAAAUAGAUUUGUUUUUUAAGUGAGAUUUUUUUAAUAAAUUUUGUUAAGU